ACGAAUUCAGAGGCUCCAUCAGUCUCUGUCUUACCUGCAAUCAUGAAGCUUACUCUCUUCGUUCUUUUGGGUCUCGUGGCUGCCCUGACCUUCGCCCGUCCAGACUCUGUCCUGGACCUUGAUCUUGACGACAUCCAUCACGACCAGGACAUCGAUGACGACCAGGUUAUCACUGGGACCUACAGCUGGACUUCUCCCGAAGGCUCCGAGUUCUUCGUCAGGUACGUCGCCGACGAAGACGGCUACAGAGUCCUGGAGUCCAACGCCGUGCCCGUCAGCGACGACGGCGUCAGGGCCAACGGCCAGCAGGGAUCCUUCGACUCCGACGAGGAUGACGACAGGAAAUAGAUGAUAUCCUAGACCUUGCCAGCCUUACCAUCUCCUACUUCUUGGAAUAGGAAAGGACUUCCUCCCCCCAACUGAGUUUUAUUCAGUUCUCUACUGACGAAGUUCCUUGAUCUAGUUCCUGAUAUUUUCUAUCUUGACUUUACAGAUGACAGGUCUGUCUGUCUGUCUGUCAGUCUCUAUCAUGUAUUUAUGAGCGAAAUAAAUUAGAAUAUUUCAUAAAUCAAA